GCACAUUCGUAAUUAACUGCCAAAGUUUGUUGGAUUCCAACCAAAUGUCGUUUUUCUUCGAUUCCUUGGAAAACAUUUGGGCCAGCUCCGUUUGUGUUCACCACCACCUCUCCGCCGAUCAAUCUCCGGCGAUCCCUCCGAUCGAUCUCCGGUGGGUGAAGAGAAAUCGGUAACGAUGAGCGAGGUAUUUGAUGGGUACGAGCGUCAGUUCUGUGAGUUAUCCGCAAAUCUUUCGCGGCAGUGCACUACAGCUUCUGGUCUUGAUGGAGAACAGAAGAAGCAGAAACUUUCUGAAAUAAAAUCUGGAUUGGAGGAUGCUGAUACGUUGAUUCGGAAAAUGGACCUUGAGGCUAGGAGCUUGCAGCCAAGUACGAAGGCAACCCUUCUUGCCAAAUUAAGGGAAUAUAAAACUGAUUUGAACAAUUUGAAAAAUGAAGUUAAAAGAAUCUCAUCAACUAAUGUCAAUACGGCUUCUCGAGAAGAGUUGUUAGAGUUAGGAAGGGUUGAUUCACUAUCGGUAUCAAAUGAUCAAAAAGGAAGACUUUUAAUGACUACUGAGAGAUUAAAUCAAUCCACUGAUAGAAUAACAAACAGCAGAAAAACAUUGCUGGAGACAGAGGAGCUCGGUGUCUCUAUUCUCCAAGAUUUGCAUCAACAACGGCAAUCUCUACUCCAUGCCCAUACAUCACUCCAUGGAGUGGAUGAUAACAUUAGCAAGAGCAAGAAGAUUUUGGCUGCCAUGUCAAAAAGGAUGAGCAGGAACAAAUGGAUCGUCGGCUCCUUGAUGGCAGCUCUGGUCCUUGCAAUCAUAUUAAUUCUAUAUUUUAAGCUUACACAUUAGCCUGCUAACUUUGAUUGCUAUAUAGGUGUAUCUCAGAUUUUAAGUGUUUGCUGCUCAUCAAUGUGACAGUGUUUCAAAAAAGUUAUAGUUUUUUAUGCUUCA